AUGCGCUCAGGAGCUUGUACAUUGCAGCAGACCCUCACAGCAGAGGCUGCUUCAGUUUUGAAGCACUCUCUUGGCUUAGCACGCAGGAGGGGCCAUGCACAGGUCACACCCCUGCAUGUUGCAGCCACUUUGCUGAGUUUAAGAGCUAGUUCCUUAAGAAGGGCUUGUCUCAAAUCUCAGCCACACCAAACUUCACAUCCUCUUCAAUGCAGAGCUCUUGAGCUUUGCUUCAAUGUUGCUCUCAAUAGGCUUCCAACAACACCUGGUCCUUUGCUCCAUACUCAACCUUCUCUUUCUAAUGCUCUCAUUGCUGCACUUAAAAGAGCUCAGGCACACCAGAGAAGGGGUUGCAUAGAGCAACAGCAACAACAGCCACUUCUCACUAUAAAGGUUGAGCUUGAACAGCUUAUCAUAUCUAUUCUUGAUGACCCUAGUGUUAGCAGGGUUAUGAGAGAGGCUGGGUUCUCUAGUACUGCUGUUAAGAACAAUAUAGAGGACUCUUCAGCCCCUUCUGUUUUUCAGUGUUAUAACAGUUCUGGUGGUGUUUUUUCUUCUCCUUGUUCACCUUCUCCUAGCGAGAACCAGAGAGAAACCAUCAUCAACCCUAGUAGCACUUUCAGGCAGAACCAUAAUUUCUUGGCUGCUUAUACUUCUGAGUAUAGCCCAGUUCUCUUUUCUCCACAAAAGAAAGCCCCAGUGUAUCCCAUAACUGAGUCACCCUCUUCCAAGGAUGAUAUCAAGCUGGUUCUUGAUAUCUUCUUGAGGAAGAAGAAAAAGAACACUGUGAUAGUUGGUGACUCAGUGUCAUUAACUGAAGGCCUUCUGGGAGAGCUAAUGGGAAAGUUGGAAAGAGGGGAGGUUCCUGAUGAGUUGAAGUCAACACAUUUCAUCAAGUUUCAGUUUACACCAGUCUCUUUGAGGUUCAUGAAAAGGGAUGAAGUGGAAAUGAACCUCUCAGCACUGAAAAGGAAGGUGGAUUCUAUUGCAUCAGGAAGAGGAGGAGGAGGAGCUAUUUUUUAUGUUGGAGACCUGAAAUGGAUAAUGGAGGCAAGUUUGAGUGAAAAAGAGGGUGGGUUCCAUGAUGGGGAAGUUUCUGGUUAUAACCCAGUUGAUCAUCUAGUUACAGAAAUAGGAAAGUUAUUUUCUGACCAAGGAAACUCAAACACUAAGGUGUGGCUUAUGGCUACAGCAAGUUAUCAAACAUACAUGAGGUGUCAAAUGAGGCAACCCCCUCUUGAGACUCAAUGGGCUCUUCAGGCUGUUCCUGUUCCAUCAGGUGGACUUGGCUUGAGUCUCCAUGCUUCCAGUGUCCAUGAUUCAAAGAUGACCAUCUCCCAGAACCCAACUCAUAUGGUGGAAACAAAACUCUUCGGUAACAAGGAGGAUCAAGAAAAGCUCAAUUGUUGUGAAGAAUGUGCCUCCAAUUAUGAAAAAGAAGCUCAAUUGUUCAAACCAGGACAGAAGAAGCUGUUACCUUCCUGGCUUCAGUCUAAUACCACCGAAGCCCAUCAGAAGGAUGAGUUAACCCAAUUGAAAAUAAAAUGGAAUAGACUAUGCCACUGCCUCCACCAGAGCAAACAGCCUCAGAACCAUUGGAGCAAGGGUUUAUAUGGAAAUCAUAGUUCAAAUGGAAAGAUCUACCCUUAUAAUUCAUCAUACCCCUGGUGGCCAAACCAAGGUAGUGUUUUCCCAGAUUCAAGUUCUAUAUCUUUUGCUGAUUCUGCUGCUUAUAGCUCCAACGUUGUACCUCGAUUCCGGCGUCAACAAUCAUGCACCAUUGAGUUCAAUUUCAGCGAUGUAAUACAGAAAAAGCAAUCAACAGAAACAACCUUGGAUUCUCUUAAGGGCAUGGAAGGUAAAGAAGUAAAGAUUACUCUUGCUCUUGGAAAUUCAACAUUCGGUGGUUCAGGUGAAACGGUGGCAAAUAUAAAUGAUAGAACACUGCGACGAGCUCAUAUUUGUGAACUGUUGCAGGGGAAUGUGCCAUGGCAAUCUGAAACAGUUCCUUCAAUAGCAGAGGCCUUGGUUGAUUCCAAAUCCGCAAAGCAAAGUGCUACUUGGUUGUUUAUGCAGGGCACUGACUCUAUUGGGAAAACAAGGUUGGCACGUGCAAUUGCAGAAUCAGUUUUUGGUUCAGUUGAUUUGUUUCUUCACUUGGACAUGCAGAAAAGGGAGAAUUCAACAACCCCAUUUUCUGAAGUGCUGGUUGAUGCAUUGAAAACCCAUGAACAGCUUGUGAUUUUGAUAGAAAAUGUUGAUUCUGCUGAUGCCCAGUUUAAGAAAUUCCUUGCAGAUGGAUUUGAGACUGCAAAGUUUGGAAAUUUAAGUGCAGAACAAGCUAUAUUCAUAUUGAGUAAUGGUGGCAAUAGAAGCAAUCAAGAGCAGGACAAGGACUCAGUGAUGAGAUUGGUGUUGCAGAUGAGUGAAACCAAGCCUACCUUGGAGUCAUCAUCACCAUAUUUGGGUCACAAGAGAAGGGCUGAACUGGACUUGUUUACCAAGAUCAAGAACCCAAGGAUUGAAGAGAAGGAAGAGGUUGUGCUGGUUUCUGAACAAGGGAAGAAAAAGAAAGAUUUUUCAAGACAGUCAAGCUUUAACAAUCUUGACUUGAACAUGAAAGCUGAUGAAGUGGAAGAUGGGGAAGACAAAACAGUGGAAAGUAGCCCCAUUUCAAGUGAUUUGACUAGAGAAACUAUAGCAGAUCCAAUGAACUCAAAUGGGUUUCUUGACUCAAUUGAGAACCGCUUUGAUUUCAAUCAAAGUCCAGCAAGGGACAGGGAAAUGGCAGAGCUGUUUUUGUCCAAGAUCAAAGAGUCCUUUGAGGAUGUUUGUGGCAAGAAAUAUCUGGUGAACUUUACUGUAGAGGAGAGGGUGAUAGAGGAAAUUCGUGUUGGGUGUGGUUCUUUUACUAACAGCAUGUUUGAGAAAUGGCUGAAAGACAUUUUUCAAAGCAGUUUACAGACAGUUAACUUUGAUGGGAAGGAGGGUAUAGUUUUUACACUUUGUUGGGGUGGUAAAGAAGAUAGAAAAUCGGAUAAUGGGUUCAUGAGUUCGUGUUUGCCCAAGAAAAUCCAAGUUAACUACUUCAUGGAUUGACUUAC